AUCUAGAGAGGCCAACCUCCACUCGACGCGUCCACAAUGACGCACAAGUCUGACGACCCACAACAACAACAGCAACAGCAGCAAGACGACGCGACCCAACACCACUUGCACAUGGCAUCAGCAGCUAUCACGACCCAGCCAGAACUAGACCCCGCACUCUUUGCACUCGCCACCUCGUCGUCAUCGGCAACAGCUCCAACACCGAUCGACCCGGCGCUCUUCGCCAUCGAGCAGGUGGUGCACAAUGUCCAGCGGGGACGCAUCGAGCAGGAUGACAUCGACCUCGGGGGUAGCAUCCAUGCCGCGGGGCUGCCAGAAGCCGAGCCGGAAGCGGAGGCAGAGGACCCGGAGCCUGAGAGCUUUGACCCCGGUGUCGAGGUCGACGUCCACGACGUUCAGCAGGACGCGGACCCCAACCAUAUCCCCCUCGACGACGACGGCAUUGACCCGGCACUGCGUGAGAUUGUCAACAGUUUGACAAACGCACAACAGUCCCAUCACCCCAGCCUAGGGCCAGGCGACACCGAGGAGCGCGAGCGCCUCGACAGAGAGAGGCUGCAGCAUACUCUCCAGUCGACCCUCGAAGACUUUGCCCAUGGCAACUUUGGCAACUACGGCGCGAUCUUCAAUACCAACUUCCCCCAGUCCCCAAACAACCACAACCUCAUCCUGCCACCACUCGGGCCAGAGGCCGCGGCACACACGGCGCAUCUCCCGAUCGUCCCUCCACACACUCAUGUUCACGGGCCACCCAGCGAUGUUCCAGACUCGUCACUGCCAGUCAAGCGGGGCCGCGGACGGCCAAAGGGCUCGAAGAACAAGCCCAAACCUGGGGCGCCGCCACCCGAGGUCCAGGCACCGCCUCCACGCCGACCCAAGGGCCGCCCGCCAAAGGUCCGCUCCGCCGAGGAGCUGGCAGAGUUUGAGAGAAGAAAGGAGGAGCGGGCACUCGGCAUCAAGCGCAAGAGGGGCCGGCCUCGCAAGUACCCGGAGCUCGGGCUCGUUCGAGAGAUGCGUCUCAAGAAGAACCGCGCGGGGGUGCAAGAGAAGAUUAGGAUGCUCGAGGAGAGGGCGAGGCUGGAAGCGGUGGAGCAAGAGUCGGGCGAGCACGACGCCGUCGCCGCGGCAGAGCACCUCCACGCCCAUCUGCACGACGGUCUCGCCGACGACGCCGAGUCGAGUGCUGCCGCUGCCCUCGCUACCGCUUCAGAGGUCGCGCUUGGCGAGCAGGUCGCCGCGGCCGUCGUUCGCUCCGCUCACGAGAACGGCGAGCACUACGACUGGCCGUACCAGGACGGCCAGUCGCUGCUUGACGUCGUUGGCGUCGACAUGGUUGGGCACAAGUCGCUCGACGACGCGAGCGGCAUGGCGAUCGAUCAGACCGAUGAGGCGAUGCGUGGCGUCUUCUCGCUGGCUGAUGUGGGCGCCCAGUAAGGGGCAGUGGAGGAGAGAGGUUCCCUGUAAAUCAUUCUGUUGUAUGUACAUGUUCUAGCCUGCGC